AUGGCAUCCAAGCCCAUGAAGUUGCACACCUCAGCCCGCUCCUCCUCCCCAAGCCGCCCCCGCCGACUGCGAGACUUCCUCCGGCAGAAAUACGAGCGCAUCCCAAAGACAAGGCGCCACGCCAUGCUAGCCGCGACGUGCCUCCUCUGGUUCGCCGUGGUCGGCGUCGUCGCGGGCGUGGCCAGCCUGCGACACAGCCCAGGCGGCCCAGGCUCGAACACAAGCACCACCACGACCUCACCAUCAUGGGUGGGCCCAGCAGGCAACACCUCCCACCACAUGGCCCUGAGCAUAAUGUCCCGCAAGCAGGGCAUAAUGACCCCCGCCAGCCCCUCCGACCCAGGCGCCGCCCUCGAGGCGGGCAUCGUGCAAAAGGCCCUCGCCGCAUACACGUCCUACCACGGCACCGACCCGGAGAUCCAGGCCUACAUCGACCUCAGCACCGUCUCAGCCGCCCGCCUCAUGGCCGACGAGGCCGCCGACCUCGCGCGCUGGCCGCUCGACCGCCUCGCCGUGGGCAACGCGAUGCUCGCCGACACGACGGGCGACCAGGCCGUGGCCGACGCCCUGCCCGCGCUGCGCAAAACCGUCCACCACAACAACGUCAACCCCGACGACGGUGACGGAGGAGGCAUGUGGUACUGGCAGGAGUACCCCGGGUGGGCCUACCUCGACGGCGCGUACGGCCUCGCGCCCUUCGUCGCGGCCGACUACGCCCGCGGCAUGGCGGGCGACGACACCGUCACCACCUCCAGCACGGGCGGGCAGGGGCACAAAGCGGCGCACACCCUCGCGCAGCUCGACCUCCUCUGGGCGCACACGCGCGACGCGGCGACGGGCCUGCUGGUGCACGGCUAUUACUACCACCACGAGGACGGCAUCACCGGCCCCGAGGCGUCGGGGGUCGUCUGGGCCCGCGGGGUGGCGCUGUUCCUCAUGGCACUGGUCGACACGCUCGAGCUGGUGUGGCCCAAGUGGCGCGGCGGGGGCCUGGAGUGGGGACGCCCGCCGCCGGAGGUGAUGCUCCUGCGCCGGAUGAGCGGCAUGUACGCGUCGCUUGCCAUGGACGUGCUGCGGUAUGUCGAUGACGAAUCCAGAGGGUGGUUCCAGGUCGUCGACGCCGCGGGGCGGGAGGGGAAUUAUGUCGAGUCUAGCGCCACGGCCAUGUUUGCUUAUGCGCUGCUCAAGGGGGCGCGGCUGGGGUACCUGGGCCCCGACCCCGAGAAUGCCGUCCUCGCGGUGGAGGCUGGAUAUGCGGCGCACAAGAUGUUGGUGGAGAGGUUCGUCUCUGGCAGUGGGGAGGGCGAGGGUCUGCUUGAUUGGGCUGGCACUGUCGGUGUGUGUAGCCUCAACUCGACCGCCGACUACGAGUACUAUGUCAGCCGGCCGCUGGUGCCCAACAGUGCCCUUGGUGCUGCUGCGUUUGUGCUGGCUUCGGUGGAGGUUGAGCGGCUUGGUGGCGAUGCUGCUGUCGGUGUGAAACUGCGGUGA